UGCUGGAGCUGUGUUUCCAGGUGUCAUGGUGACCAGCUAACUGAGCUGUGACAUGGGGAUCGUGGUGACUAGAAUGACUGGGAAGGAGAAGGCUCAUGACAAAAACACAAAGAGCUCAUCCAAUCACAUAGCCCACUUGUGGAAUGCAAUUAAUAAUUUACCACCCACUGAGAGGCCCUUUGAACUACCAGUGUCUUCUAGAUGGGUUACAGUUCGCGUGUUUGUAUCAUCCACAUUUGAUGAUUUUCAUUCAGAGAGAGAGGUGCUAGUAAAACAGGUAUUCCCAGAGCUUAGGGAAUGGUGUGAAGCCCGCAGUAUGUGCCUUGUAGAAUGUGACUUAAGAUGGGGGAUCCCUAAAGACACUCCCUCAGGAAACAUUUUUGCUACUUGCCUGGGUGAACUGGAUCGAUGCCACCAGGACACAUUUGGAAAGCCACUAAUGGUGGUACUUUUAGGUGAACGAGCUGGCUGGAUACCACAAGCGGCUGAAGUUCCCCAAGAGAUUGUUGAAGAAUAUAACUGGGUCAAUGGUGUGUCCGUAACAGGAACAGAGAUCCUACAUGGUGCUUACAGGAAUGUUAAUCCUAAUGCUGCUUUUUGCUUGAGAGAUCCAUCUUUUCUGUCCCAGCUAUCCUUACAGGAUCUUCCACGAUAUCAGGACAAGGGUCAUCAUGAUUUAUUCAUACAGUCACUCAAGGAACAAGUGUGUCAUCGCUUUCCCAAAGAACAGAUUCUGAAGUACAACUGCCAAGUGCUGGGCACUGAUUUCACUACUGGAAUAGAGAAGGUGAGAUUGGGCAUUUAUGAUGAAUUCUCAUCCUGGAUCCUGCAGUUUCUAAAGACAAGAAUUCUUCAGACUUUCUCAGAACAUAUUACCACACAGGAAAAGCAACUUUCUUGGCAGCAGACGGAGUUGGCACAGCACCAACUAUUCCUUCAGCAGAAGCAUCAGUUCUUCUUGGGGCGGGAGUUGGAGAUACAGAACAUCCUGGACUUCCUUUACAUGGAUCCAGCUAGCGCUCCGAAUCCAAACACAAAUAAAAAUUCUAGUGCCGCUCUCCACUGGGUUAUAUCACAGCCUGGCAUGGGCAAAUCUUCUCUUCUAGCUGCCAGUAUUGAUAAAAUACUGCAGAUCCCCAACAACAAUGUGUUUUACCAUUUUGUUGGCUGCUGUGCUUCUUCUGUUCAACUUUCCAACCUAGUGAGGCGUCUCUGUUGUUACCUUUUGCCAAAUGGACCAGAGCUCGAGGAUAUUCUUCUGAAGCUAAAAGACUGCUGGAGGAAUGAAGAAAUUCAAGAAAUCCUGGAACAGGCUCUGCAGUCUACUGUCAGACUGGCCAAUUCCAAUUCAUAUUUAUUCAUUGAUGCUGUAAACCAGUUAUCCCACCCUUCUGAUGUAUCUGACCUCCUGUCCUGGUUGAGCACUCCAGGAUUUUUACCUCAGCAUUGCAAGUGUAUCAUUAGCUGCAUACCAACAGCCACUGUCCACAGUGAUCCCCCACCUUGCUGUCUUUACCUGGAACUUCUUCCUAUGGAUGCAGCUCAGGACCUGGCCAUCAUGUACCUGUCCCGAUAUAGCAAGACAUUAAGCUCGGAACAGCUCCAUCAACUUCUUCAGAAAUCCUCCUCAGCGAAUCCUCUGUGGUUGUCUCUUGCCUGUGAGGAGCUGCGUGUGUUUGGCGUAUUUGAGAUGCUCACCAAGAAAAUUAUCGAAUUUCCUGACUCACUGCAAGGACUUUUGGAGAGCAUAAUUCAGAGACUGGUUCAGGAAGACCAAAGUAAUCACGUUAAAAAGCUACUUUGUCUGCUGCACUGUUGCCAGGAGGGUGUAGUGGAAAGAGACCUGCAAGGAGCCAUGUCUUCGCUAGAUGGUGGCGAAGAAAUACCUACAAUGCACUGGGCCUCAUUUCGCAGAACAUUGAGUAGUCUUCUUCGUGUAGGCCGAGACUAUCGAGGGAGGGAUACCCUACAUUUUUUUCAUAGCAGCGUAGUACAGGCAGUGGAGCAGUGUUUGCUUAGUCCUGACAACUCACGUGGCCAGUACCUUCUUAGUUUGGCGGAUUACUAUGACCAUAAGUGCACAGAUGAUGCCAUAGUAGUGAACCAAUUGCCACGUCUUCUGCAGGAAGCCAGACUUAAUGGUCGGUUGGUUGAGUUUCUAAGAAAGGACCCACGUGCACGCUCCAUCCAAGCUCACACUCGAGCUCAGUACAUAAAGGCUCUUCGCUGCUUCCACGUUUGUAGGAAUGGUUUCCAGAGGUCUGCUGCUAUGAUAUGUGGGACGUGCACAUUCAAGAUUGGAGCAUUUGGGCAGUUAUUCCCUAACAAACAGAGCUGUGUGUUGUGUGGAACACAUGUUGCCAUCAUGGGAAAAGAGGCCUUCUUAUGUCCUCGGCAUAACAGGACUGGCAGAAGUGAAUGUCUGGUCUGUAAACUACCCAUCAUUGGGGUUCCUCCACCAUCUCCAGCCAUUCUGUGUCACGUGUGUGGAUUUUCUGAAACAUGCAUAUCCUUGAACAUAUAAUACAUUUUGUUUCAUUGGUUUAUUUCUUUGAAGAGCUCACAUAUGUUGUUAAAAUGCACAGAAAAUAGCAAAUGGAUGACAAAGCACUUUUAUGUAUGAUUUUGCAUUGGUGGUCUAUAACAUUUUGUAACAUGUUAUACAUAUUAUUUUUUUUAUA